UUUAACAACCCUUCUCAAAUUUUGAUUGAUACCCAAAGCCAUCAACAUGACCAAAUUCCAUUUUCUUUUCUCAGCUUUAAUGUUCAUUAAUUAUCUAUUUCAUGGUUAGCUACGCCAUGAUUGUGAGGAACCUCACACUGAUCAACAUGCUCUUCUUGCAUUUAAGCACCAAAUCAUUGAUUCUCACAACAUCUUAGCCAACAGCUGGACCGCCAAUAACUCUGUCUGCAACUGGGCUGGCGUCUCUUGCGCUGCUAAGCACCAGAGAGUUAGAGUUUUGGAUCUUUCCAACAUGGGUCUUAUUGGAACCAUCCCUCCGCAGUUAGGAAACCUGUCGUUCCUAGUCUCUCGUAAUUUGAGUCACAACAAUUUCCAAGGCCAUUUUCCGUGGGAGUUGGGACGAUUGAGUCAUCUGAAGCUCAUUGAUUUAAGCUUCAAUUUCUUAAAUGGUAAAAUUCCCUCAUGGUUUGGAAGGUUGGAUAAAGUUUUACACUUGAAUCUUCGAAAUAACAAUUUGACAGGUGUAAUUCCUCCAUCAAUAGCCAACUUGGAUUUGAAUUUUAAUCUCAUUCAUGGAAACAUCCCACAUGAGAUAAGUAAGUUUCUUAAUUUGAGGAUACUUCGUCUGGCUCAUAACCAACUUUCUGGUUCGAUUCCUGCUGUCAUUUAUAAUAUUUCCUCUUUGCUGAUGAUUUCUGUACCACACAACCAUCUAUCUGGCAGUGUAGCAAAAGAUAUCGGAAAUCUAACAGAACUCAAAAAACUGUUGUUGUAUGAUAAUAAUCUGGAAGGUGAAAUUCCACAAGAUAUUAGAAAUCUUCAAAAGUUGGAGAUAUUUGAUGUCAGUAUGAACAAUUCAUCUGGUCAAAUUCCAUUAAGAAUAGAUGAAUGCAUGAAUCAUCAAAUGUUAUAUUUAGACGCCAGUAGAUUCAAUGGCAGCAUUCCGAGGAGUAUUGGAAAUCUACCCAAACUCACUCAUCUAUCUUUGGGAGAGAAUCAUUUGAAAAGUAAAAUAAAAUUUGUGUUAAGAUAAAAACUAACAAUUGAGAUGGCAGUAACCUGACCAGAUCAACCCUAUUUUCAAUGCAAUUUUGUAGCUUUAUAAUACUACAGGUGAAAUACAAUGGGAAAUUGGAAAUCUUCAGAGUUUGGAAUCUCUACCCUACUUGUUGGCUCAAUCCCGGCUUCCAUCUUUAACAUUUCUUCUUUGAAAUUUAUUUGGCUCCAAAAGAACAGUUUA